UGCAUUGUUAAAGCUAUUGUUAAUUUGGAAAUCCCAAUUGAAAAUUGCCUUAAACCAAUACAAUAAAUUACAACAUCAAAUAUUACAUUAUAUGGAGCAAUUGUUUAGUGAAUUGAUCCAAAAAUAUCUUACAUUUGAAGAUGUUCCCGAGGAGUUUAUUCCCGAAGAGUUUGUAACUUAG